AUCCUCCACUUUUUACCUCGAUCACACUACCUCCAUCUCAACAAAACGUUGCAACUCGUCAUGGCCUCCAGCAUGUCGGUGAGGAGCUUCUCUCUGGGCCGUCAGCCUUCCUUUUCCAGUCGCUCUCUGAUGGAUACUGGCCGUGCUCGCUCCCGUGCUUCUGUAUCUUUUGCUACGUCCAGCCCUCUGAGCCGCUCGGCCUCCAUCGGCCAGGAUCUCAACGGGCCAAUCAGCCUGAAACUUAACGGCGUACAUGGCAACAGCACCAACGAUAAGGAAGCAAUGCAGAGUCUCAACAGCCGUCUGGCUAAUUACCUGGAUAAGGUCCGUUCACUGGAGCACUCCAACGCAGACCUGGAGACAAAGAUCAAGCAGGUGAUGCUGGACCGCAUCCCCAAAGGUCAUGACCUUGAUUCCAUGAUGGCCCAAGCUCAUGCUGUUGAGCAAGAGGUGAGGAAGAGGACCUUGGAGAAUGCACGUCUCAUGUUAGAGAUCGAUAAUGCUAAACUGGCUGCAGAUGACUUCAGAAUCAAGUGGGAGACUGAGCUGGUGAUGUGUCAGUCUGUGGAGCGAGACUGUGUUGCUCUGAAAAAGGCCAAGACCGACCACGAGCAGAUCAUCGCCUCCCUGAGGGGAGAUCUGGACAGCCUGAAAGAAGAGCUGUACUUCCUCAAGAAAAAUCACGAGGAGGAACUGGAGCAGAUGAAGUCCCGUAUUGCCAGAGAUGAGGUGAAUGUGGAGGUGGACUCAGCCAGCGGGCCUGAGCUGGGCACCAUUCUGUCCAGCCUGCGCUCCCAGUAUGAGGGGAUUGUCAAGAAGAAUAAGGACCAAACGGAGCAGUGGUACCUCAAGAAGCUGGAGACGGUGCAGAAUGAGGUGAAGGAGAGCAAUGAGGCCCUGAGAGGAGCUCAAGGGGAGCUGAUGGAGAGGCAGCGCUUCCUACAGAACCUGGAGGUGGAGCUGGAGAGUCUGCACAAACAGGUAGCAGCGCUGGAAGGUAACCUGGGUGAGACCGGUCAGAAGUACUCUACUGAGAUGGAGCGUCUGCAGGCCACUCUGAACCAGCUAGAGGAUGACCUCUCUCAGCUCAGGCUGGACAUGCAGCGCACCAAAACCGACUAUGAGCAGCUCCUCCGCAUCAAACAGAACCUGGAGAUGGAGAUCGCCACCUACAGGCGCCUGCUGGAGGGAGAAGAAAGUAUCAAGGAAGUCCCUCCUCCACCAAAAAAGGAGCCUGAUGUUCGCACCAGGAAAAUUGUGAAGGUGGUGACUCAGACGAUGAUCAACGGCAAAGUGGUGGACGAGUCCAGCGAGGUGGAGCAGAUCGAAGAGACCAAGAAAUAAAAAAAGGGGAGUGGGGAUACAAGUUAAAAAUAAAGAAGCAAGAUGCAAAAAAUGACAGGGUCUUGCGAAACAAAAAAGAGAGCAGGAGACAUGUUUCCGGAUAUUUCAAAAGAGCUGCGGUGUAUCAUUUAUUCUUCUCAAAUGAGAAAAUAUUGUUUUCAAUAGGGAAUCUUUGGGGGUAUUGCUCGACUAUGAAUGUUUUGUUUUUUCAGUUAAUGGUUUUUCCAAGGUUGACUUAUCAGUGACACUGAUUUUAUUCUGGAG